UUAGGUAAAAUUGUUUAAGAUGAAAAGUAUAUUUUACAAUAAAAUCAAGCAAUUUUAACAGAAUGUUAUAUGUCACAACGUGUGUGUUUUUAUAAAAUUGUCGUGUUGGAAUUAUAUGUGAAAAAAAAUGUAUAACUUUCUCUGAGGGAAAAAAAUUGGAAGGCGUAACAAAGCAAUUUCUUCUCCACCAAUUCUAGUCGGUGAGGAAAAAAACGGAAUACUGUGUAUUACUACUACAAGGGCCUUGUAUUCAUAGGUAUCCAAUUAAAAAGACCUGCAAAUACAAUUUAGUGGGUCGAAAAAUACAUAGAACAAAGGAAAUUAAGGCACAAGGUUAGGAGCAAUACCCAUGAACAGCAAUUAUAGACAUCACGUUGGUGGAGGGUAUUGUGGAAUAGAACUACGCGAAAUGCAUCCUAGAAUUUCUCAAAAUUUCACUUAUGUGAGCUCAUGUGUGAAAUACAUGAUAUUUAUGUUAAAUUUCAUAUUUUGGCUCUUUGGUGGUCUACUACUUGCAAUUGGACUCUAUGCGUUCAAAGAUAAAUGGGAGUCAACGGGUUCCUUGCGUUUGGAAAGUUUCUAUGAUGUGAUAUUAAAUAUCUCACUGGUCAUGAUGAUAGCUGGUGUGGUAGUAUUCGUUGUCAGUUUUGCUGGAUGCUUGGGAGCAUUACGAGAGAACACAUGCUUGCUAAAGUUCUAUUCCAUGUGCCUGCUUUUGUUUUUCCUUAUGGAGAUGGCUAUAGCAAUAAUGGGCUUUGUGUUUCCACAAAACAUGAACUCAUUUUUGGAGGACACCUUUACCGAUAAGAUAAUACACUCUUACCGUGAUGAUCCAGAUUUACAAAAUUUCAUCGAUUUCGCUCAACAAGAAUUCAAAUGCUGUGGACUCAGCAAUGCAGGCUAUCAAGAUUGGAGCAAAAAUGAAUACUUUAAUUGUACUUCGCCAUCGGUGGAGAAAUGUGGUGUCCCCUAUAGCUGUUGCAUUAAUGCCACUGACAUAAGUUCGGGCUUGGUUAACAUUAUGUGUGGCUAUGAUGUGCAGGCUCAUUCUGUUGCUGCUGCCAGUAAACGAAUUUGGACCAGCGGUUGUAUUGAAAUCGUGCGAGUAUGGGCUGAGAGAAAUCUCUAUGCUAUUGCGGGUAUUGCAUUGGGCAUAGCCCUUAUACAACUUUUUGUCAUUUAUUUGGCCAAAACUUUGGAGGGACAAAUUGAUUUGCAAAAAUCGCGCUGGUCCGCGUGAAAUCAGUAGUAAUGACACUACACUGAUGGCCAAACAAGUGAUGUGUUUUAAACAGCAACAACAACAGCAAAAAGCAAAAACUUCUAAAACAACGUACGACAUAUAUACGGUACUUUAAAUAAUUCUUGCGCAAUUUCUGACUGGUAACUCAAAAAAGUAGCUACUGACAUACAUAUAUUAUUAUCUAGAAAGUGAGCGCUCCUGUAUACAUAUAUACAAUGUGGAGAAGUCUCUCACGUGUUUUAUUUUUUUUAAUUUUUAUUUUGUAUAAGGAAAUAUAAAGGACAGGAAAGCUUUUUUUCUGAGUAUUUAUAGGAUUUUUAAUAGCAUCACUCCUUCAAUAUUUAUUUAUAUACAUUAUAUCUUGUGCUUUAUGUAUUAUUUGGAAGUUUCUACGUGUUUUUUCUUUCACAUGUCUUCUAGAUAUAGACAUUGGAAAGCCAAUACUACUGCAUAUUUUUUUAAAUCUUAAAACCGAAGAAAAAGACUACAUUUUUAUAGUAUACACAAACACUUUUUUAACGUGCAAAUUUUGUUUAGAUUUAAAAAUUGCCAAAGAAAAGAAAAUUGAGUGCAUUUUUUACUGCUCCCCAGAGAGUGUCUGAAACUUUGUCGCAUUGGGAAUGAAAACAUAUAAUACGAAUAUCCUUGAGGUGACAAAUGUUUUUAAAUUCUGUUUUAUUAAAAGCGCAAUAAUUUUUUAUUAAGUCUUUUUUAACUAUAAUUGACGUACUAACACAAAUUAUAAAAAAAACAUUGCCAUCUUAUACUAUUUAACAGAAAUGAGAUUCCAUAUUAGAGAAAAAGAAUGUAAGGCGGUUAGAAAAAUUUAAAAUUUUUUAUAGCCGUUUUUAAAAAUCUUUUUCUGAUCAGAUAUAUAAUAUAUAGUAUUACCAAAAACAAAAAGAAUUUUUUUAUAGGAAAAAUAUUUACUGUUUGUGAAAUAAGAAAAUCUCCCCCAUAAUCACAUAAAUACUCAAAAAACAAAAUGAAAGGAAACAUUCAUAUUCUACAUACAUAUAUAUACAUUUAUAAGCUAAAUCGAAUAAAUAUCCUACAAUGACGAUGAUUGUUACACAAAUCAAUAGCGAAACCUCUUAGAUAAUCUUUAUUAACUAAAAGCUUUGAAGUUAUUCGAAUGUUACCUCCUUUGUAAAAGUAUUCAGCUAACAUGUUCCCAAUAACUCGGGUAAUAUCAUUUGAACAUUUGGAGGACUAUUUAUUCACUUAGCAGAUUCAAUAUUAGAUAUUAUCAGAUUACAAAAUACCAAUACAAUAUUACCACAAUCUCAAAUAGUUUUAAAUGUAAUAAACAUACAUAUUAUUAAGAAAGUUUACAAA